AUGAACGUCAACGAAAUCACGGCUUUGUCUAUACUAUCUACUCGAUUAGGUACCGACACAAUUGUCCCAGUCCUAUCGUUCGAUAAUCAGCUCACCAUAACCACCUUCAACUCUGUACCCAUUGUAUCUCUUCGGUCACUUGAUGCCAGUCGACAGGACCCAAUCGUGAAGUCCCUCCUCCGAGCUCGACAUUCCGCCUCGUGUUCAUAUACGGUGUACAGCGAACUGGCCGCUGCCCCAUCAGGUCGUUCCGUUCGAUUCAGCGACGGUCUGCAGACAUACGACACCGCGAUCUCCAGGCAGGGUGAAUAUCAUCAUCAAGCGGAAUUGUAUACUCUUCAAGCGCUCAAUACCUUGGCCGAAGCUCGGUUCCUUCUUGGAAGCAGUCAAGCACGGUCAUUUUCGGACUCGGUGAGACAGUGUACGGAUGAUAUUGGACCGGGAGUCUUGAGAUCCAAGGGGGAUGAGUUGGCGAAACGGUGGUUUGCAGAGGAAGGGAUCGACGACAAGCUGAGACAGUUGUGGUUUGAGGUGAGGCUAGAUAUGAGCUCGCUUGGGGAACCGUCGUGGGAGAUGCCUGACGAGCUGAAGGGGGCGAUCUAUGGCACGGCGGAUGCCAGUGCCAGAGAGGGGCCAACUCGAGGAUAUUGA